AACAAACGGCUCCAGUUCGUUUCUUUCGUUCCGUGCGAGCGGUUCAUCAGUGUGUUCCGCGGGUUUUUUCCGUGUCUAUUCCCGUGUCUGUACUACACGUGCGGUGUGUUUUUGGCGGUAAGCAACAAGGGGGAAAAAACGACUGUAAAAAUACUGACCCCGGUUCGAUGCUGGUAACCGGUUCGAGACGGUUUGCAUACGCUGCGUAUGCCGCGCACACGGUGAAAGAAAACGCACACAUCGAUGCGUUAUGUGCCCGGUACGGAGAUUGAAGGAAUUGGUGAUAACUUACAAGUGAACGAAAGUGAAGACCCUUCUGGAUGGAGAUAGAAAAUAGUGUUGAAAAUCAUGAUCUCCCUGGAAAUGGAUGUUAUUAGAAUUGAACGACCCGAUUUGUAGAACCUUUCGCAAUCGAGGAUAACCUUUGCAGCUAGCAUUGACCAUACCGAAUGCCCUUCAACUGGUACAAUUAGAAUAGGUGUCAUUGAAGCGAUUGUUUAGAAAAAUUAACCUGUAAGAGAAAGUGCUGACUCGCUGGUUAAUGCUACCAAGUUUAAAACAACCUCCAACAGGCUAGCACAAGAACCCAAACACAUCGAAGGAGGAAAAAACAAAACAGUACAAAUCCGCAACGAAAGCAACAAUUGCAGUACUUUUCAACGCCCAGAAAGUGAUACAGAUCGCACAGACGACCGCCCGCGGCAUGCCGCACCAGGUGGAAACUACAUUAAUGACGGAUUGUUUGUAAAUUUCGCUCGCUGAAGCAAUAGUGCGACCUCUUCGGCUCAAAAACCCAAAACAAGAAAAGGAGUUACAGUACUAAGGGAACAGUGCCUUUGCCCUCUGCUGCUGCUGCUACCUAGCAAGUGGAAAAAAGUGUUGUGAAAAAGUGCUUCCACCCGUUCUGCGGCCACGCCACGAAUUGUUUCAACGAGCGCGUUGCGUUGCGGGUGAUUUGUUCCAAAAUUGACAUCCAACAGUACGCUCUGGCGUGCACUGGGCAGAACUUUUAGCGGGCUCGGCAAAAAGUGUACGCUCGAAUUCCUUACACAAGAACGAGGAAACAGUUGAAAGAUCAUAACAACAUUUUUUACGGAAAACGACACAAAGCCUACGAGAUACCGAACAAGACAAUCACGACAUUGAAUAGCCAAUCCGAUCAUCCUGCUCGGCUGCAAUUGAUUCGAUCGCGAUCUGCCCACGAACCCGAUCCUUACCGUAGCCGAUCCAUCUGUCCAGCCCGGCCCCCAAGCACCGUGCUGAUACCGGUCCGUUCCAGUCGCGUGGUGGGUUGUGCGUGGUUCUGUGUGCUCUAAUGAUACGCUAUCAAGCAUCGGAACGCGACCACCGCCGAGGGAUCACCGUGCUGAUAGCAGCAAAAACGGAGAAGCAUUAAUCAUCCGGAACUCGAGCUUCCCUUCCUUCUUACUGGCCCGGAGGGAGUAAAAGCGACGAACCUUUUGAAUUUAUUCACUGUGCUUUUGUGCGAAACACGAAACGGAUAGGGGUUGAGUGCAGGACUCUCCGCUGUCCCGCUCUCGAUUCCUGCGUGCAUAUCGACGAAACCCGGAACAAAUUUAGAACGGGCGCAACGGAGCAACCAGAUAUAUGCCGAUCGACACCGAUCGCCUCCAGGAUGAGCACGAACUCGCCCGGAACGCCGAAGAAGUGUCGGCUGAUACUGCAACAAUGUCUUGCGAUACAGCUGACCAAACCGGGCAAUCCGCCCGAAGACUUCUGGAUGUACGACAGUGGCUACACGAUCUUUCAGAAUUUUCUAUCAGCUAACCUUCAAUGCUGGUGGAACGCACCGCUAGCGGCGGCCACGAAGGUUCUCAAAUAUCUUGGACACAUUUCGCCCGGCAUGCUGCUGAUAACGGCCGAACCAUGUGCGCUGGAAAUCAUCCGCAGUGCCUACGCCCGGAGCGUCCUCAAACCACCGGCCACCUAUCUGAUCAACUCCGUAGGUGACAUUGACGAUUGUAUCGUGACGCCUAUCGUUCAGACACAGUUUACACCACUCACGGAAGCACUCUGCGACGUGAUCAUGGAGCUAACAUCCCAAGGACAGUCCGCCACCAUCGAGAACAUACGCAACCGAUUGCGUUCUAGGUUCACCCACAUGCAGCAGCCAUCGGUAGAGGUGAUCUACGAUACGCUUGUGCAGCUGAUGCAAGAAAUCAAAAUCUACCAAACAUCCAAAGGAUACUUUAUCGUCACACCUGAGAAGCGACGGAACAAAACGAACGCUUCGCUCGAGUACGGUGGUUUCGCGGGUGUCGAGCUGGACAGUACGGCACCGACGAAGGAGUCCAAAACGCUCCUGAUGAGCAGCCACGAAGCGCUCAGCAGUCUGUACGGUGAGAUUUCGACCGUGCGUGACGGUGACCAGACGCACCAGUGCAUCCAAACCAACCUGGCCGAUGUGAUCUGUGGUGGCAAUCCGAACGACAAGAUCCUCUAUCCACGUUCUGCCAGCAAGCAGCGCAGUGCAUCCUUCCCGAGCAAUGGGAAAACACUCGAACGGCGCCAUAGUUUACGCUUCUUUGGUUCGUCCAAGCGACUUCAGCGGUCUGCCUCUACGAGAAGCCUCUCCAAGAACUAUGCGCAAACGAUCACCAAGGAUGGUACGAUGGCACCGUUGGCAACACCCGAACAACCAGCGGCACUGGAUGCGAAAAAACAAGCCUCAUCUCAAUCACUGCUAUCGCGAAUCUUCCGACGAAGCACACGCUCGAAGAGCAAGUCAAAGCAGAUCGAAACGUAUUCGGCCCAGUUCCCGCCACCAGAAUGGUUCAACUCGAAGACCACCCAUCUACACAGUGUAGGCACGCAGACGACGGACUAUUUGGACUUUCCAAUCAAGUCACGCCUGUUAAACUCCACCUUUUACGAUAGUUCGGACGUAAGUCAACGGUCCCUAUCGCUUCCGAGACGACGGCACCACCGACGAAACCUUUCCAGUGAGUCAACGUUCUUCAUCUCGUCCCGCGACUGUUCGCCGGUGCGCCGUGGCAAGAGCCCGGGUUCGUACUACUGCGGUAGUUUGCCCCGUUCGAUUCACUCCACACCGGCCAGCUCCGGAUACUAUAAGGUGUCGCGCAGCAAACAACUCUCGUCCGCCGACAAGCUGCACAGCAGCGACAGUCAGGCAAAGAUGGAACACAAAACUAGUCGCAGCCUUGGCAUUGCCAGCGGUCCGUCCAGCAUCGAUAGUGGCAAGAUGACGUACGUCACGUCCGGACCGUCCAGCUUCGACAGCGAGAAGCUGUCCUCGACCCGUACCAGCACGCAUUCCAGCCUGGAAUCGCACGUAUCUUCCUCCACCAUUACUACAGCCAUCCAGCAGCAACAGCAACAGUCGGGCAAUUCUAGUUUGUUCAUCAGCAACGAUACAAAACCACCAACCUCUGGUAGCCCUCAGUCGGGCAGUCCGAGCCGAGGAGCACCGAAUGGUACAUCGAAACCGAUGUCACCCUCAGCACCGGGGACGGUUACGACAGUCAUGACAGCGUUAGCAUCGACGACCAAAGCCAACAACAGCUACAAGUGCUUCGAGACCACGUUCGGCUACACGAGCACCAAUACCGGAGGCGGUGUGAAGGGCAACGCGCAACCAACAAAGCUUGCCGACAGAAUGGCCAAAAGUCCGGCACUCGGUACUGGGCUCGGUGGCCUCAGUCUUACCAAACCGAUCGAUCACCUUACAGCGCUCAGUGAAUCUUUGCUGCAGUUCCGGCUAAGCGGAGACUCAACAUCCAACUCGGGCUCUGCGGGAUCUUCGCCACCUGGCUCAACGACCCACACAAUUCCGGUCGUACAGCAGAACGGUACGCCGGAACUCAACAAGUACAACAAAAACAGCACCAUGAACAAUAGCAAACCGUUCCAACCGAUGACAUCCGCACCGGUCCAACCACCGGCCAAUUUCUUCUACAAAAAUGUCCUGAAAAACAUACAGCACGACAGCAAGAAUAUCUGCGGCGAUCUGGCAGUGGAGAAGACUUCGCCCACCAGGACCUACGAUGAAGGUACGGGUCGGAUGGGGCUUCAGAGUAAUUUACGCCGUUCAAAUUCGGAGAUCAAGAAGCUUAACGCGAACCCAAGUCGUGAAGGAAAGCUAGCAGAAGCCGACGAUCCGAAGGGUUGCGGUCAGACAAUUCCACCACCACAACCGCUCAGCGGCUUGAUCGUAAUGAAGAAGAGCCUUUCGGUGUCGAGUGAACCGAAUCUGUUGGCGAAUGGGGACAGUAAGGCGGCACAGAUCACGAUACUGGUGCAGGAGAACGGUACGAACGGGACCGAGCGAGACAAUAGUGGAGAUACCGAUGGUCGCAAACGCUACUCGCACUACGAUGAGCUGGACCGACGAUUUAGCUACCAGAAUAGUGCGCGCGAUGAACCACCGCUAGUGCUGGAAGAGAUGUACGAGUUCCCGAGUCUGUCUGAUCUGAGCUUCAACUUUACAUCGCUGGCGGCACAGAAGAUCCUGCAGGGUGACGCCAGCCUGAACAGCAUCGAUACGCUCGUCGAGCUGAACAUUAAUCAGGAGAAGCAACAGACACUGAUGCGGCUUAAGAACGAUGCGCGUCUAUUGGCGCAAACGGUUACCCCACCUGCUGAACCAGAUGCGACCAAGGUGAUGACGGACUUUGGGAUGGUUUGAACACACCAACACCCCUCCACACACACACACUCCGACCGCACAACAUACACUCUCCUUCACAAACAUAUACACACACACACAUAUAAAAAGUGCCAAUAUCUUAGGAGCUUAUUAGUAGAAACAUUAGUGGCGGUUAAGUAGUAGGAACAGAUUGUACGGCACGAAGGACGUACAAUCAACGGAGCAUUACCCAUGGGAAACUACAACUCGGUGGUGGUGUUUUUGGUUGGCUAUAUCCUGCCAACAUUUGCGCCGCUGCCCCUCCCCAGCAGAACGUCGGAUGAACGAAAACGAGCAUAUGUAAUCGUGUAACAAUUUUAGAACAAACACUAAGGCGCGAGACGAGUUUUAUCUAACCUAUGUACAGCAAGCAAUACAAAAAAGACGCGUUACAAACAAUAAUAACAUUACUCAUACGAACGACUCGAGCCAGGCGACCAUGUAAUAAGCCGAUAAUAAAGAACGAAACUUAUUAUAUAGUAAUACAAACAGCACAAAA